AUGGUAAAGCCUGGAGUUGCAACACCUGCUAAGAUAAGUGAGAGCACAAGAUUUUAUCCCUACUUCAAGGACUGUAUUGAAGCUUUCGGUGGUACACAUAUAUCUGCAAUGAUACCAACUUCUGAUGUUCCAAGCUAUCGUAAUCGCAAAGGAUUUAUAUCACAAAAUGUCUUUGCAGCUUGCAACUUUGAUUUGGAAUUCAUGUAUGUUCUUAGUGGAUGGGAAAGAUCAGCUCAUGAUUCGAAAAUUUUAAGCAAUGCUUUGACAAGACACGGUAGCAGAUUAACCAUUCCAGAAGACUGUGGAUUUGCAAAUCGUCAAAAAUUAUUAGCUCCAUUCAGACGUACUCACUAUCAUUUACAAGAAUUUAAAGGUGAAGGCCGUGAUCCUAAAAAUCAAAACGAGUUGUUCGAUUUUCGGCAUGCAUCUUUGAGAAACGUGAUUGAGCGAAUCUUCGGUAUUUUCAAAUCGCGUUUCUUGAUUUUUAAGUCAGCGCCUCCUUUUCCUUUUACAACACAAGCAGAAUUGGUUUUAGCUUGUGCUGGAUUACAUAACUUUCUACGGAAGCAUUGUCGUUCUGAUGCUUUUCCAGUGGAAGUGAUCCCUCCAAACAAUGAACAAGCAAAUUUUGAAGAAGUUGUACAUGUUGGUGCUCUUGAAUCUCAGCAAAGAGAAUAUGCUAACAACUAG